GGUCGCGUACACCAUAAGUGCCAUUGUGAAGGAAGCUGGCAGACACCUGCUGCAGGCUGCUGUAGAGGCUCAGGCACAGAGCUGAGGGGUGUUGAUCUUGCAGUAGCCUCAAUUCCUGACUCAAGUUGGGCUUCAGACCGGGACGCUUUUUUACCAUGGCUGAUGAGGGAUUUAUUACCGGCAAUGUGGUAGUGACCACCUUCCUGUCCGCCAUGCUGCUGGCGGCGGUGGUGGUACUGCUCUGCUACUUCACCUGCAGACUGGCUGGCUCGCUGCCUCUAGGCGGGCCAAUGCGCUUCUGAGACCACCAGCUAUCACUGGCCCGCUGCAUGUCAAAAAUGUAGUGAGACGACUGCAGACGGGCUCCCUUGGUCUUUUCAAAGUGGCAUGUUAUGGCUGUCUAGGGUAACACGUCAGCCGUAGAGAGACAACAACAUGGAAGUGAAAACCUUGCUCAUCAUCUGCCCCUGUCUGCUCUUGGGAAGCCUGGGGAAGCCACAAUUCCCUGAGCAAGAGAAAGAAGCCAAGUUUUGGAACGCAUGGGCCCAGAAGACAUUGAAGAACGCUCUGGCUCUCCAAGAGCUCAAUAAGAAUAAAGCAAAGAACCUUAUCCUCUUCCUUGGAGAUGGAAUGGGCGUUCCCACGGUGACUGCUGCACGAAUUCUGAAGGGGCAGCUGCACGGACAGAGUGGAGAGGAGACCCAGCUGGAGAUGGACAAGUUCCCCUUUGUAGCUUUGGCCAAGACGUAUAACACCAAUGCACAGGUGGCCGACAGUGCUGGUACUGCCACGGCAUACCUCUGCGGGGUCAAAGCCAAUGAGGGCACGGUGGGCGUGACUGCAGCUGCCGUCCGAUCCCAGUGUAACACCACACAGGGCAACGAGGUGACCUCCAUCCUCAAAUGGGCUAAAGAUGCAGGCAAGUCCGUGGGAAUAGUGACAACAACCCGUAUUAACCAUGCCACCCCCAGCGCUGCUUAUGCCCACUCUGUGGACAGGGACUGGUACUCUGAUAAUGAGAUGCCAGCAGAAGCAGUGCAGGCAGGCUGCAAGGACAUCGCCAGACAACUCUUUGAAAAUAUCCCCAACAUUAAUGUGAUUAUGGGUGGAGGGAGGAAGUAUAUGUUCCCCAAAAACAUGUCGGAUGUAGAGUAUCCCAACAUAUCAAAGUACAGCGGCUGCCGGAAGGAUGGAAGGAACUUGGUGAAGGAGUGGACUGACCAAAUGAAGGACAAAAAAGCCCAUUAUGUAUGGAACAAGAAGGAUCUCUUAUCACUGAAUCCUAACAACGUGGAUUACUUACUGGGUCUCUUUAAACCUGUGGAUCUGCCCUAUCACUUGGAGAGGAACCUUGAGACCGAUCCCUCACUGACAGAGAUGGUGGAUGUGGCCAUCAAGAUCCUGAAAAAGAACCCCAAUGGAUUUUACCUGCUGGUGGAAGGAGGCCGUAUUGACCAUGGGCACCAUGAGGGCAAGGCCAAGCAGGCGCUGCACGAGGCUGUGGAGAUGGACCGGGCCAUUGGACGAGCGGGUCUCCUAACCAACAUCCACGAUACCUUGACUGUAGUGACAGCUGACCAUUCCCACAUGUUCAACUUUGGAGGCUACACACCUAGAGGGAACACGAUUUUUGGUCUGGCCCCCAUGAUGAGCGAUGUUGACCAGAAACCCUUCACUUCCAUCCUGUAUGGGAACGGACCAGGUUUCAAAGUCGUUAAUGGUGCAAGGGAGAACGUCUCGACUGUUGAUUACCAGGAAAACAACUACCAGGCCCAGUCAGCGGUGCCUCUGGCUAUGGAGACUCACGGAGGAGAGGACGUGGCUGUGUUUUCUAAGGGUCCCAUGGCUCACCUGCUGCACGGCGUGCACGAGCAAAACUAUAUCCCCCAUGUAAUGGCAUAUGCAGCCUGCAUCGGUCAGAACAGAGAACACUGUUACUCAUCCAGCGGGGCGGCCACUGUAAACCUAGCUUUCUCCAGCAUAGCAGCCCUUCUCACAGUCACAUGGCUUCUGUGCUGACCUUCCUCCAACACUCUGCUCACACCCUCCCUCCCCAAUUCAUCCGCCUAAUACUCCCACACAACCUUUAACUCGUUAUACAGUUUAUAAUUUCUAUUUGUGCUCUUUUUUUUAUUUCUUCACAUUUUACUCUUCACAGUUUUGAUCAAGGGACCACUGUUGAGGCAUUUUAACCUUCAUAUUUUGAUUAUUAACAGAGAGAAGCAGACUUAUAUCAUGUUUGGUCUGUUGAAAUAGACCUGUUGGAAUUUGCAAAACUGUAUUACGAAAUAAUGCAUCACCCCUGAUACACUGAAGGUCAGCUUGAAUUGGUUGUUGUGUGGAUAAAUAACCACAUACUCGGAGAUCGUAGUUUGUUGAAGGUUUUUAAGCACUUUUAGCUGGCCUGUUGAAAACCUGUCGUGUAAUUAAUGUAAACCCUCUCGAACUGAAUAGAUUGGCUUUGCAAGUGUUUGAAUAUGUUUGACCCUUUUUCAUAUUAUUCAAUGUUCUGUUGACAGAAUCUACCUCAUAAGCUUCCAUCAGAUCUCUCAUGUGUCACGGUGUGCUCAGAGAAACAGGUUUCCAUUUGGAACAGCAAAUUUCUUGAAGAAGGCAGAGGCCUUUGAAUGUAUAAAAGUGAAAAAAGAUGGCAUGCAAUUGUUAUCCUGCAGUAUGUGCAUUCUCCCACAAUGCACUAAAGAUAAGGCCCCCUUACUAUCAUUGUAUUCAAAAGCAGAAGUUGUGAAAUCUCUUAACCAAUAAAAGAAAUUGUGAUGGUUU